AUGUCGUGGUUUAAGCAGGUGAACAAUUUGCUGGAAAAACUUGACGAUCAAGUUGAGAAUGUUCGCGACGUUUUGGUCGAGCAGCAAGAAGACUACUUUGGAACCGACGAAUCUGACGACGAGGACGAUGAGGAAUCGGGCGACGAGGAAGAUGAGGACGAGGACGAUGAUGAUGACUUGGAGGAAGAAGAAGAAGAAAUAGACUUGAUGACACCAGAGGAGACACAAGGCCAAGAAUCCUUGUUCCCACAAACUCCAACGGCACUCGAAGCCACUGCGACAACUCCAAUAGCCAAGCCUCCCGCUGUGCCACCACCAGCAGUCCAACCGACAGAACCGACUUCAAACACUGGCGAUCCUUCAAAGGCCUCACCGGCUUCAUCAACCAAGAAGCAAGAUACGGUUGUGCCUGCCGAUACGAAGGCAAAGCAACUCGCAACACCAAAACAACCAUCUGCAGUCGCAAAGCAACAACCUGCAUCACCGGCCGUCACCCAAAUGAUUCCAUCUACCAAACAAUCCGCUGAUCUCACACAAAAGACUCCCACACCUACUAGCAGCAAAACAGUCGCCAAAGCAGCAGAAAAGACUCCACCCCCAAAGCAGCAACCCUCACCCGCGAAGAAGUCCCAACCCAGCCCAGCUGGGAAAGCAACUGCUAGUACACAGUCAAAGCCAGCGCCCAAGAAUCCAGAACAACCAUUACCAAAAUCCAAAGCACCACCUCCUCCACCCAAACCACAGCAAGUUCCGUCCAAAAAGCAACCACAACCACAACAGCCAAGACCUCCGCCCAAAAAGGCACCCGGCAGUAGUGGAAGCGUCAACACCAACAACAAACAACAGGUACUGGCAGAAAUGAGACAAUUGCGAAAGCAGGUACUGUCGCUACAACAAGAAUUGAAUGCCGCCAACAAGGAAAUCAAGGCACAACAAAAAGAAUUGAACAGCGCCGCAACCAUUGUGGAACGAGAACGACAAGAACUCAAAGAAGAAAAGGAAGAUAUGAAAGAAGAUUUCGAAGAAGAAAUGGAAAACUUAAAGAUGGCACACCAGGAUACCAUUGCCAACUUGAAAGCGGCACACAAGAAACAAUUACUCGCCGUCCAAGAACAGCUGUCGCAUGAAAGAGCCGAACGACAACAGGAAGGUGGCGAUCUCAGUCAGGAUUUGGAAGAAACAUUGCAACGAGAACGGGAUGCCUUGAAACAAGUCGUCACGUUGAAGGAAGCCAAGGCAAACUUAGAGGGAAGGGUGGAAAAGUUGACUAUGCAGCAAGAAUCCUUACAAGAAAAGUUAGAUACUGCACUGGAUGCCCAGAAAACGGCCGCAGAACGACAACAACAAGCCGAACAUAGCCUGGAUGAUACCCUCGAACAACACAAGAGACAAUUGAAACAACGGCAAAUUCGAGAAGCCGAACUGGAACGGACCAUUGCCGAAAUGGGGGCGGCACUGACAGUAGCAUCUUCUGCUGCGAAUACUACAACCGCAGUCCCGGCAAAUGGAAGUGGCGUGCCAGCGUCGUUUCCAGAGGAAGAUGACAAAGCAGCCGCGGCCUUGUUCAAGGAAAAAUGGGAGGUUGCCGUGGAAGAACUGGAAACGACCAAGACACAGCUCAGAUUGGAGAGUCAACGUUCGGAAGCACUGCGGCGAGAGCUCGGCGAAAUGAAUCAGGAACGGACUCUGGAAGCCAAGACAUAUCAAGAACGUCAGCGCGAGUACGAUCAAAAAUUGGCAGAACAAUCCAGCACGAUUUCACGGUUAGAGAAAACAAUCCAUGACUUGAACCUCGAUGACGUGCCAGGUGCCAACAAUGAGGAUACCCCCAGCACUGCCACCGUACAACGACUGCAACGGCAAUUGGAAGAAUGUAAGACGCAAACGAAGCGACUGUCCGAGCAAUUGUUACGGCAGCAAGGAAUGUCCGACGUUCACAAAUCGGAAAUCAUGGCUCUCAAGGGGCGCCUGAAAGCAGCAAAUGCUCGUGCCGAUGAAGCUGAAAAGACGGCAUUUCAGCCACCAGCCGACAAUACACGUAACUACGAAUCAGAAGGUGGCGGCGGCUAUGGUGGAGGUUUCCAAAUGAGACGACGCGUCAAAGGUCGAGGCUACGGCGGUCGCAACAGCGUGACUGUUCGUUCCAUUCGCGCAGCGCUGAACAUGGGACCAGGAAGCUCCAUGGAAGAUCUUGGAAAGACAAUUGACGCGGUGGAUUCUUGGAUGAUUGACACGGGCACUGUCCUGCGACAUGAACCCUUGGCCAGAUUAGCCUUGUUGUGUUACUUUGUCCUGAUCCAUCUUUGGUGUUUUGGGCUGGUUGCAUUCCAUGUCUCAGAGCCAUCCGCUGCGGUUGGCCCCAUGGCGAUGGGACACCACGGGGGCGGCUUACGAUCAGCUCUUCGAGGAGCUGCUGCCAACCCUGGUGCUGCUCUAGAAACUGGGAACAAUUAG